UAGUUUCGUUACUAGCUUCGUGACGGUCGGGGUCGGAGACCGUAUACGAGAGGUUAGGAUUUUCACACUACAUUUGUUAAGUAAUGUGGAAACACAUAAGGAUAGAGCAUAAUGAUUACAUCAUUAAGAAGAUUAGCAUGGAUGGGCACCAUAAAGUACUACUUUCCAGUUUCGUGAAUAUGUGGGGUGAAGAAAUAACUUCAGCAUCACUAUAUCAGCGAUGUAAGUGCUUCAAUCCUCUUGUGGAAGGUGAUGAAGAGACUGUAUCACAGUGGACAUUAUCACAAAUACAUGACAAGACUAAUGCUCAGAUUAGUAUAAAAGAAUGUGAAAAUGCCCAAGUCAUGGAGAUUAAUUCAAAACUAGCUGGUGUGCCAUUUACCGUGAAGUUUUAUCUCAAGGUGAUGACCUCACAAGAGAUAUAUGAUGAAAUUACUUUACCAUUACUCCUUAUGGUACAACAACUGCAGGCUCAGAAACAUUUGCUGUUUGACUUGCUGAAGAAGAAAGACAUUGAAAUAACAGAAUAUAAACUAGAAGGAGCUCAACUGUCUCGCAGAAACAUUGAGACACUUGCAUUUAUUGAGAGUCACUUUGAGAAGUUGUGUACAACAAUUAAAAUACCUGAUGAAUUUCCUUUACAACCAACACAGUUGUUCACACAAGAAAUGCAAAACUUAUACGAUAAUGUGAUGGAGAAGUAUGCAAACUGUAAAAAAUUGAAAGAAGCUGCUGAGCAACAUGCAGAUGCUGAAGACAGUGAAACGCAAAGUGUCAUCAAUGAUUCAUCUCCUGAGAAAAAGCAAAAGAAGAAUCCUAAGCAGGAGGAAAGUUUAUCUGAAACCCAAAACCAGUCAUUUUUUACAGAAAGUCAAACAAAAAUUGAAAAUAAAAUAAAGCCCGAACAAAACAACAGAAGUGAUGAACAUCAAAAGAAAGAAGAAGAAAGACUAAUGAAAUGCAGAAAGGAUGCAAUGAAGAAAAAGCAACUUAAUCUGUGAUUAAUUUUUAUACAUGUUGUACUUUAAAGCUCACUUUUUUAAUUAUCUUAUGGCUGGUAAAUAUGACUAAUCUAUUUAUCAGAACUCAAUGAAUGAUAUACUUGCAUGUCUGCUGAGCAUAUUAAUAGAAUUUACCAUUUUAUUGUUUAUAUAAAAAUGCCAUCUCCUUCCUGUGUACAAAUCUGUUGAAAUUUUGGUUUUACUCUCAAGCAGUUUUAUGAAAUACUGGUUUAUGUAUCUUGCUGACAUUUGUUCAUAA